AUGCAGGGUGGGAACGAUAAGGUCAAUGUUGAACCAAUAGUGAGCAAAGAAUAUUGUUGUGAAUCAUCACAGACAAUACUAACAAUAAGAAGAAGACCUCAUGUUGUGAAUGGAGGAGGUUUUGUAGUUACAAAUUGCAGUCUUCAAGUUCUGUUUAGGGUUGAAGGUUGUGGAAUCCUUGGUACCGAUAAAGAGUUGGUUCUUAGAGAUGGAGAUGGAGAUUGUUUGCUUCUUAUUCGUCAAAAGGGAGGCAUUGUCCAAGCAUUGAGUGUUCAUAGGCAAUGGCGAGGGUAUGCGAAUAACUAUGAAGGUGCUCAAAGAUUGGUGUUUACUUUAAAAGUUCCAAAAUCAUGCCUUAUGAAGAAUGUAAUCAGUGCUUAUGUCGAACCACGAAAAUUUCAUAACAAAGAAUGGGAUUUUCAGAUCGUAGGUUCUUUCCCUGAUAAAGCUUGUAGUAUCAUUGACGCUAACGGGAACAUUAUCGCAAAGGUUGGAGUGACGAAGGAGGAGAGCGAUGAUAUAAGCGAUAUGGAUGUGUAUCAUGUGAUUAUACAAAAAGGGGUUGAUCAAGCAUUUGUAGUUGGAGUCAUUGCCGUGCUUGACAACAUAUAUGGCGGAUCUACAAGAUGUUGA